AGUAAAAUCUACCAAAAGGCAGAACUUGUCUGUGCUGGAAGCAUGUCGGCUCGGAGAGGAGAGGGUUGUCGCUGAAACUACUUUUACUGUGCCAGGUAACUUCACAGUAGUUUGGCCAAACGAGAAACACACUCUAAGUUAUUUCCCGGUUAAAUUCUCCGAUGGCCGUAACGAUCAGCGCCGCCGCCGCCGCAGCUGACGGCGACUCGGAAUCGGAAGCUCUUUUGAUCGCCGAAGCUGAUGACAUUCCGAAAGACUCAUUCCACCUUGCCUAUAUAAUCUACUUGACAUUAGGCGCAGGAUACCUCCUCCCAUGGAAUGCUUUCAUCUUAGCUGUCGAUUACUUCACGCAUCUCUACCCUGGCGUACCCAUCAAUCGCGUGUUCACGGUCGCUGAAAUUCUAUUGGAGCUCGUGUCGUUGCCGUCGAUUGUUGCAUUCGCUCACAAGUCCGAUGCAUUUGUGAGGAUCAACGUAGGGUACGCCUUGUUCCUGGUGGCGCUUGUGGCGAUGCCGUUUAUAGAUGUUUGUUAUGUGAAGGGGAGAGUUGGUGUUUACGGCGGGUAUUACGCGACGGUAGGACUGGUCGGAUUGACUGGAUUAGCUAAUGGAUUGGUGCAGGGCGGCGUUGUAGGGAAUGCCGGAGAGUUGCCGGGGAGGUAUACUCAGGCUGUGUAUGUUGGAACUGCUGCCUCAGGUGUUCUUGUUUCUACUUUAAGGAUCUUAACCAAGGCUCUGUAUGCUCAAGAUGCCAAUGGGCUUCGACAAGGUGCAAAUCUGUAUUUCAUUGUCACCAUAACAGUGAUGCUAUUGAACAUCAUCUUCUACAAUGUGGUACAUAGGCUUCCUGUGAUCAAAUACUACUACAAUCUGAAAAAAUCGGCUAAAAAUGAGGAGAAAGAACAUAAAGGUGAUCUUACCGGAAAGCUUUGGAGAUCAACAUUGUGGGAUAUUGUUGGGGCCAUGAAAUGGUAUGGAUCGGGCAUGGUGAUGAUUUACCUCACAACAUUGAGUAUAUUUCCGGGACCUCUAACAGAAGAUGUGCAUUCGGGGACUUUAAAGGAUUGGUACCCUGUCAUCCUAAUAAUGGGAUUUAACAUCUUCGAUCUUCUUGGGAAGUCUCUAACUUCCCUUUAUCUAAUGAAGAGUGCUCGAAUUGCAAUCAUCGCCUCGUUUGUAAGGCUACUGUUUCUCCCUCUUUACUAUGGUUGCUUGCACGGUCCUGAGCUCAUCCGAACCGAGAUUCCUGUCACCAUCUUGACGUGCCUUUUGGGUCUUACCAACGGGUACUUAACCAGUGUGCUGAUGAUCUUGGCUCCCAAAACUGUGCAGAUACAAUAUGCGGAAAUUGCAGGGACUGUUCUUGUGCUGUACCUGGUCAUUGGCCUGGCGAUUGGAUCCGGUGUCUCAUGGUUAUGGAUCUUGUGAAGAUUGGAUUUACCCUGAUAUGCAGACAGGUGUGUUCUUGUUCUUGUUCUUGCUCAUUAUCUAGUGUUGUUUGUAUAUUAUCCAUCUUAGUUAAGUGGCUCUGUGUGUUGUGAAUUUUUUUAAGUGUUUAUGAUCUGCAAUGGUUUAGGUGAGAUUAAGUAGAUGGAAGUUGCAUUGUUUAUUUUUAUUGAAUUUGAACCAAACAGAAUAAGUGUUUAAAGAUAUGUUCAAAACCGAUGUUUUCAUUCUUGGUUUUUAAGUAAAAGGCAUUCUUUGUAUGGGAUUUCGACACAUAUU